CCACUUUUUUUUAUUUAUUUUCAAGAAUUGAAUGUGUGCCAAUAAAUCCCUUAACUCAGUGUCAAAAUUGUCAAAUCUUUUGUCCCAUUUGAACAAAAAAGAUACACCCACCCUGGCUCUCCCCUGACCUCAAAUUUAGCUUAUUAAGCUCCUAAUAUAAACGAGCUUCCACUCCACAAAAAAUGAGACACAAGAGACAGAUGGAUACAAAAUCACCCAUAAUCCUCACACUAUUGUUCAUAAUCCAAUUGUUCAUAAUCCCAGCUCUAUCCGCCAACCCACCAAGGCCCGAUUACUGCGACCCGUCCAACGGGCCCGAAGUCCGUUUCCCUUUCCGGCUAGCGGAUCGGGCCCCGGGCCGGCUCGGGUACCCGGGCUUCGAUCUGUACUGCAACAGCGACAACCAAACGAUCCUCAGACUCCCGGAGUCCGGCGAGUUCCUGGUGGACCACAUCGACUACUCGGCCCAGGCCGUUUUCAUCAACGACCCGGAUUCGUGCCUCCCUGCCCGAAUCCUCAAUUUCAGCCUCUCGGGCUCGCGAUUCAGGGGCGUCUACACCAGGAAUUACACCUUCCUCAACUGCUCGACUGGUUACAUGGACUACACCGAGGCCCGAUUCAUGCCCCUGAUGUGCCUCAGCGGGAGGAAUUACACGGUCGUGGCGGCGAGUUCGCGGAUGACGGCGGAGGUGCCGCCGACGUGCCGGAGGAUUGCGUCGGUGCUGGUGCCGAUGCAGUGGACGGUGUCGCAGUUCUACUGGUCGUCGAUGGAUCUGAUGGAGGAUCUGGAGCUAGUGUGGAGCGACCCCGAAUGCUGGGGAUGCGAGAAUGAGGGCGGGAUUUGCGGGCUCAAGGAGGAUUCGGGCCUCGAAAUUGGAUGCUUCAGGCCCGCAAAAUCACGAGGGCUUCCUAGAGGUGCCAGAUAUGGACUGAUAAUAGGAGUUGGAAUACCCGGUCUAGUGUGUAUAAUUGGGCUAGCAUGUUACGCUUGCGGCAUGCUCCGGACAAUCGCAGUCCGCCGCCAAUUAAACUCCGAUUUGCCCGUCACAUUUUCCGAUCAACGGCCCUCAAUUAGGUCGGCUAGCGGUCUAGACCGGCCCACCAUUGAGUCGUACCCCACCAAGGUCUUAGGGGAGAGCCUCCGGCUCCCAAAACCGAGCGAUGGCACGUGCCCGAUUUGCCUGUCUGAUUAUCAAGCCAAGGAGACACUGAGAAGUAUACCCGAGUGCAAUCACUAUUUUCAUGCAGAUUGCAUAGACGAGUGGCUCAAGCUUAACGGGACUUGCCCCUUGUGUAGGAAUUCGCCUGAUAGCACCACUCCUUGCUCGUCUUCAUUGUCAAUAUCUUCUUCUUCUCCUUCUCCCUCUACGACCCCUUCUUCCAAUUUGGACCAUGAUUAGCUCAUGAUCUUUCAAAUUUUGGCAUUUGGAAUUAUUUAUACAAUUUUGUGUAUAUAAUAUGGGUAUUUAUAAGUGUCUUAAUGUGAUUGUUGACUUUUAUAAAGCCUUUUUAAAGUUGUAGUUUUACCUGAAGCUGGAAUUAAUAUACGAACUAGGAAACGUUAAUACACGAACUAGGAAACUGUGUGUUUCUUGAUGAUUUAAGGCAUGAAUUUUCAGCAUUUUCAUUUGAGGGUUUCAAUUUGAAGUUAUUCUUAAUUAAAC